GCGCUCUAGGGGCUGAGUCCCUCUCUUGGCGCCUUCCGCAGUGCCGUGGCGGCUGCCUGAGUUUCAGAACUCCAAGUUCCUCCCCCUAUCACGUGUACUGGGUGGAGCCUAAGAGGGGGUCCUCCUCUACGACCUAGGCCAGAGACCACAGCGAGCUAGAAGGAAGAACCUCCAGGCCUGUGCUCUUGAUGGAUUUUAAGAUUGAAAACACUUGGGAUGGUGUUCCAGUGAGGCAUGAGCCAGUGUGCAUCAAGCUGAGUCCAGGGGACAAGGGCGUGAAGAUGGAGGUCAGUGCUCCGUUUUUCAAUGAUCCUCCAGCUCCUCUUGGAGAACCCGGAAAGCCUUUCAGUGAACUGUGGAAUUAUGAAGUUGUGGAAGCAUUUUUCUUGAAUGAUACAACUGAGCAGUAUUUAGAAGUUGAACUUUGUCCACAUGGACAGCAUUUAGUUCUUUUACUCUCUGGAAGAAGAAAUAUUUGGAAAAAAGAGCUUGAGUUAUCAUUCAAAGCGUUCAGAGGGGAGACAAACUGGGAAGGUGUAGCUCUUCUCCCUUGGAGUUAUUUUCCACCAAAUGUGACAAAAUUCAACUCAUUUGCAAUUCAUGGAUCAAAUGAUAGAAGAAGUUAUGAAGCCCUUUACCCUGUGCCACAGCGUGAACUGAAGCAAGGACAACAGCCUGAUUUCCAUCGUCUAGAAUAUUUCAAGCCUUUCAGUCUUAACACGCUGCUUGGAGAAGAAUGGAAGCAGCCAGAAUCAGACAUGUGGCUAAUAGAGAGACCUGAUGUGUAGAAGUAUCAUAGAUAACCGAGCAUGUCCAUCAUUUCUCCUUUUAAGGUAUUCUAAUAAAAUACAUAAACAUAUUUUAACAACACACAUUUUAACAGAGGUCACUGAAAUGUAGCAUCUCUGACAAAUUGCAUAUUUUAACAAAGAAAUAGAAACUAUGUGUAACAUAAAAUAAUUUUUACUUAAAUAUCCUGUUCAUCUUUGAAAUUAGUAGAAAACACUGAUCUCUUUCAGUUGAUGAGACAGUCUGUAUCUGCUAAGACACCGAGAUAGAAGAAUUAUUUAACUAGAUAUCUUUACUGUGUAGGAAGAAAUGAAACAGUCUUGCAUUCUGGAAAUAGAGUUGAUACUUUUACUUACAGAUAAGGACAUUUUCUUAAUGCUUCUAAGUACGAUGUUAGAAAACUUCAUUUGAUUUUUGAAGUGCCACACCUUCCCGGUUGAAGAUCGAUCCCAAAGUACUAAAUCAGCACCCCGUCACAAAUGAAUCAUGCAGACAAAAAUGUCAACAAAAGGAGCCACAGAGUGAAACCGCGCCACCAAUCACACAGAUACAACUGCAGAGUGUUCCACCAGCAGCUGCAGAAUAAGCUUGAUGUUUUCCAGAAUAAGACCAGUAACACGUUUGUUGCAGCCCAGAUGGCUGUAGCUGCUUGGGUUUUUCUAUAACAGAAUUUUAGAUCUUAUAAACAAUUCAGCCAAGUGCUACACAACACAAUCAGCAUACAUGCAAAAAUAAUAGCUUUUCCAAACAUCAAUAACCAACCUGCUGAGAAAGAAAUCAGGAAAGCAGUCCCAUUCACAGCAAAAAGAAUAUCUAGGAACAAGCUUUGUUCAUGACUUUUCUCACUGUAGUUAUGAGAUAAUUGAGAAAAGCAGCUCAGUGAAGGGAGGUUUCAUAUUGACUCACAGUGUGAGGAUACAGUCCGUCACAAUGAGGAAAGCAUGACAACAAGGCCAUAAGGUGGCUGGUCACCUUGUGUCUGCUGUCAGAGAUCAGAGAGGAAUGUUGGUGCUCUGCUUACGUUCUUAUUUUUUAUUCCACCCUUGGACCUUCUGGGUGCAUUUUCCAUUAUCAAACUUCUUUGAAGAAGUACGACUCCUCUGUGAUUCUAAGUCCAGUCAAACUCAUAGUGAAGAGUAGCCAUCAUAUCUUGCUGAGGUGGCAAAAGGCUUCUAUAGUGAAAGUUGCAGAACACUGGAGAAAGAAGUUGAAGAAGACAUUAGAAGAUUAAAAGACAGUCCAUGUUCUUGUAUCCACAAAUUUAGUAUCGGGGAAAUGGCCAUAUGAAAAUGAGAUACCUAGAAGUUCAUUUGAUCACCUUCUAAAUUUGAAUUCCAUUCUUCAGACAAUAUUGUAGAACAGUAUCCUAAAUGUGUAUGAAACCACAAAGACCUGUAAUAGGUAAAGAUGUCCCAAGUACGAAGAACAUUAUUGGAAGUCUCCCAAUAUCUGAUUUCAAGUUAUACUGUAGAGCUGUUGUUAUUACAGCUCUAUGGAACCAGCACAAAAGCAAGCAGUAGACCAGUGGACUAGAACAGAGGAUCUUAAAAUCAUCCUACACAGCCAUAGUUUCCUCAAUAAAUGUUGCUGGGAAAAUAAGAUAUUUGCAUAUAGAAGACUCAAGCUAUAUCCCCAUAUCCCACCUUGUACAUAAAUCAGCCCCAAGACCUUAAUGUAACAUCUGGAACAUUAAAACUGAUAAAAGAUAAAGAAAAUGCUUCAGAUGUAAAUAUAGGCAGUAACUUCAGGAAUAUGCUCCAUUGUCUCUGGAAUAGAAGAAUCAACAAAUUGUAUUUCACCAAAUUAAAACAAACUGUACAGGAAAGGAGACAGUUAAUGAAGUGAAGAGACAGCCUACAGCAGGGGAGAAAAACUUUGCUAGCUACUCUUCCCUCAGAGGCUUAACAUCCAGUGUAUAUGAAGAGCUCAGAAAAAAAAAAUACCAAAGCUAAGCAGGAAAGCUCUA